UACUCACAGUUCUGUUUCUUUAUUGUUACGACACCAUGACUCUGAAAGUGCCAGAAGCUCAGCUCUGAAGCCAAAUCAAGUCACUCUCUUCCUCAUUUCAAUUCAAUUUGCUUUCAUUUACUCUCUCUCUUCAGCCGAACUUCAAAGUCAGUCUUCAACCGUUUCGUUUGUUCGUUGUUUCUUGGACUCGGUGCCGUGAGCGGUUUACAUUGGAUGGAUCUCGGUUGCAUCUCGAGGUGAGAUAGUGGGGGAGUUGGAGUGAGACGGCGUCGGUUUGUAAGAUAAAUGAAGCGAAAACAGCAGAAAUUAUACUUGAACAGAUGGAAGCGGAAGAUUUUCGCCGCCAUUUUGGUUGGCUUCUGUUUGGGUAGUUUGGUGUUGAUGCAGAGCCAUUGCAUGAGAAUUGUCUCUCUGCGACAUCGUUUCGCUCACAAGCCGAAAAUUGCCUUCCUCUUUAUCGCCAGAAAUCGGCUUCCUCUGGACAUGGUUUGGGAUAAAUUUUUCAAGGGAGAGGAGAAUAAAUUCUCAAUUUUUGUUCACUCAAGGCCUGGGUUUUUUUUCAACAAGGCAACAACAAGAUCAGUCUACUUUUUGGGUCGUCAAGUUAAUGAUAGUACACAGGUAGAUUGGGGAGAGGCAAGCAUGAUUGAGGCAGAGCGUAUAUUGCUUAGACAUGCACUUGAGGAUCCUUACAAUGAGCGCUUUGUUUUUAUGUCAGACAGCUGCAUACCUCUUUACAACUUCCACUAUACAUACAACUAUAUAAUGUCAACUUCAACUAGUUUUGUGGACAGCUUUGCUGAUACAAAGCAGGGUCGUUACAAUCCGAAGAUGGCUCCUGUUAUCCCUGUUCAUAACUGGAGGAAGGGAUCUCAGUGGGCUGUUCUGACCAGAAAGCAUGCUGAAGUUGUUGUAAAUGACAUUAUCAUGUUUCCAAUGUUUCAACAGUAUUGCAAGAGGAGAUCACUACCUGAGUUUUGGCGGGAACAGACAGCUCCGGUUGAUCCAUCCAAGGAGCAUAAUUGUGUACCAGAUGAACAUUAUGUUCAGACUUUACUGGCCCAAGAAGGCCUUGAAGGAGAACUCACACAAAGAUCAUUGACAUAUUCUGCUUGGGAUCUUUCUUCCUCCAAUGACCAUGACCGCCGUGGUUGGCAUCCUGUGACUUAUAAAUACUCUGAUGCCACUCCCAAGCUUAUUCAAUCUAUAAAGGAAAUUGAUAAUAUCUAUUAUGAAACUGAAUACCGGAGAGAAUGGUGUAGCAGCAAAGGAAAACCAUCCCGAUGUUUCCUUUUUGCCCGGAAGUUUACUAGGAGCUCUGCUUUCCGCCUUCUAAAUAUGUCGGUGCUGGGAGCUGAGAAUAUUUAAGCAAGGAGUGAAACAAUGGCAAAGUAAAUAACAUAUGUUUGUGAGUUUGACAUUAGGUAGGAUUAGUUAAUCUUAAUUAGUCUUGUAUUUUGCUUUAUUAAGAUAAUUGAGAGCCCUGUAAAUUAGGGAUAUGUUGAGGGGAUUGAAAAUAGGGGAAAUGCCUACUAUGGUGGUGUAUAUUUUCUCAUUUUUUAAAAGAUACCUAUAAAUAAAAUGAAGAUCUUAUUGUUUUUCU